UAUAGGUCCAAUAACAUGGGUGUUGUCUCGGCACACCACUGGGUGACAUGCCAGCAACCUGGGAAGGCAGCAGAGCUGCUGAAUACUCUGUGCUUACAGCCAGAUCUAUUUAUAUCAGCCAAUCAUCCACAUCCUGCUCUAAGCUUCAUUCAACACAGCCUGAGACACAGGAGGUUUGUAAACACAGACUUUCUAAGCAGCCAGCCUGCAAGCCUUGGUCAUCUUGUCCCAAAGUCUCCUCUACAGCCAAGGUUAAGUUCACAAGACACGUCUAUACCGGGAUUAUAUUGUUCUCUGAAGACGUAUUGGGAAAAAAAGGCAGAAAUGCCUGAAGGUGAAGACUUUGAACUGGAUGAAAGAUGGGAGGUACUGAAUACUUCAUCAGAAUGCAAACCCAAGCUCAGCCAGUGUAUUGCAGAAUCCUGGUCAAGCUAUAGUGCAUUUCUGCAAGAGUUGUCCCACUUUAAACAACAAAACCCUGGCAAGUUCUGCUUGCUGGUGUGCAGCGUCUGCUCCUUUUUCACUAUCUUGGGCAGCUACAUUCCUGGAGUUGCUCUCUCAUACGUAAUACUAUUGUGUGCCUUCUUGUGCCCACUGUUAAAGUGCAAUGAGUUUGGGCAGAAAGCCUGCAGUAAGAUCAAGCCAGUUCUGCAGAAGCUGGAUUUCGGACUGCAAGCCUAUGUGAUCCAGUGGAUGAAAACAAGAACAAGAAAAGAUACUGAGAAAACCCAGGGAGAUGAAAGUGAAUUAGAUCUUUCUGCAUUAUGCCCUCAGAUCAGUCCUGCUACAGUAGCCAAAGAGCUGUCUGUAUCUGACACAGAGCCUUCAGAAGUGUCCUGGACAGACAAUGGAACCUUUAACCUGUCAGAAGGGUACACUCCGCAGACAGACUCCUCAGACGAUUUGGACCGACCGAGUGACCAGGAAGAGGCGUUCACCAGAGACCUGGCAGAGUUCCCCUCUCCAGAGAAUGGAUCAGGAUCCAAUGAUGAUGACUCAAGCAUAGGUUUGCCUUCCACAAGGAAAAGCAAGGAGAAAGAAAGAAAUGUACCAAGUGCUGAUAAAUAUUCAGCAGCAGCACUGUCACUUUUCCUUGACGGCAAUAAGCCAUUUAACUUAGUCAGUGCUAUGGCAGGAGAAGCCAUCACAGCUGCUGUCUCAGCUGCAAUUACAGACCAGUUACAAUCUGCCCUGCUUCCCCCACCUCCUCCAGCUGCCAUCUCCACUGAAGACACAGACACUGAAGAAGCUGAUGACUUUGAACUUCUGGAUCAAUCAGAGCUGGAGGACAUAGAGGAAGAACUGGGACAGGCAUCAAACCAAGAACCAAAGGGCAAGAAGCCACCCUCAGGAUUUCUCUCCAGUUUUCUCGGGGGCCAUUAACACAAAGAAAUGAUUUCACUCCUAGUUUACCUGGUGAGGGAAGGAACAAGGAAAGACAGAAAAUAAUAAAUAACAAAAGCAACAUAAAUUAUGGGAAAUGUAUAAGCUCUAUGCUUCAAGUAUUGCUCCCUUUAGAAUUUGUUGUCACUUUAGGCCCAAGUGAACUGUUUUGGUCACCUAUCAGCUGUGUCACUGAUUGUGUCCCUAUUGCACCUUGACGUCGCAUGGAGUUGAAUUUCAGUGUAUGUUCUCUAUUAUUACAGGUAUGAACCACAAAGGUUGUAUUGUUUAAACAAUAACAAGAGGAAGGUAUUUUUUAUUUUGAUGUUUAGUUUUAUGGUUUGUAACCAAAGUUAUCUUUGCUCCCAGUAAAUUUCACUGUGUUAAAAUGAGCUAUGCGCAGGGCAGAAAUGCAGGGCUAUAUCUUGUGAUGUUUUUAUGUACAGUCCAAAUGUUAUACCGGAUAUUUGCACAAGCUACAAUUGCUGCAUAAUAAUAAUAAUUGUACCCUUUGCAUGUAGUUUAUCUCUGAAAAUUGGGGAUUUUGUGAUUCUCAGGGCACGAAAUGCACAGCCUUCUCAAGGCUAACCCUGCUACAUGUAUAUAAUUAAUUGGCUUUAGGUGCAAGCCAGAUUGGCUCCUUCAUAUAAAGCAGGGGAUUUUAAUUUUAGGUGCAAGCCAGAUUGGCUCCUUCAUAUAAAGCAGGGGAUUUUAAAGUCUGUCCUCAUGCCUCCCUAACAGGCCAGAUUUCAGGAUAACCUUAGUUGAAAGCAGGUUUAUAACAAUGUUUUACGAAUCAGAUGAUUAUUUCACCUGUUCUCCAGUCCAAAUAUCCUGAAAAUCUGUCCAGUUAGAGAGGCCUGAGGACAAGUUUGAAAAACCCUGUAUAAAGCAGAGGUGAGUGAAGUUUGGCAAUUAAAAAACAAUUGCAGCAGAUAAGAGUUUAACUUGUUUACUGAUAUGUUAUUUUAUCAAAGCAACAGAAAUAUCUUGUAAUUAUCCUUUUAACCAUUCAUAAAUUCAUUCAGUUAUAGGAACAUGAAACCCAUACAUUUUAUUCCAUGAUUCAGAUAGAGAAUACAAUUUUACACAACUUUCCAAUUUACUUAUAUUAUUUAAUUUGCUUCCUUCUCUUGUUAUCCUUUGCUGAAAGGUUUAUCUAGGCAAGCUCAGGAGCAGCAGAGAACCUAGGUUCUAGCUGUUGAUUGGUGGUUACAUAGAUAUAUCGAUUGUGAUUGGCUCACCCAUGUGUUCAAUUAGAAACCAUUAGUGCAUUGCUGCUCCUUCAAUAAAUGAUACCAAGAGAAUGAAACAAAUUAGAAAAUAGAAGUAAAGUUCUUCAAAGACAGUAAAGAGUGUUACAAUUACUAAAAUCAUUAGUGAUGUUUGUGGUAGAUGAAAAUUAAAGGGACACUGUACCCAAAAAAAUUCUUUCGUGAUUCAGAUUGAGCAUGAAAUUUUAAGCAACUUUCUAAUUUACUCCUAUUAUCAAAUUUUCUUCAUUCUCUUGUUAUCUUUAUUUGAAAUGCAAGAAUGUAAGUUUAGAUGCCGGCCCAUUUUUGGUGAACAACCUGGGUUGUCCUUGCUGAUUGGUGGAUAAAUUCAUCCACCAAUAAAAAAGUGCUGUCCAGAGUACUGGAACCAAAAAAAAGCUUAGAUGCCUUCUUUUUCAAAUAAUGAUAGCAAGAGAAUGAAGAAAAAUUGAUAAUAGGAGUAAAUUAGAAAGUUGCUUAAAAUUGCAUGCUCUUUCUGAAUUACAAAAUAAAAAAUUUGGGUACAGUGUCCCUUUAAUGUCUGGAUAUAGUGUUGGUUUAUUACUUUUAGUCAUAUCCCUUUAAAAAGUCAUAUCUAGGGUUGGGGAAUUUAAACAACCCCUUUAAUAUCUGUUCGCAGUAUGUGACGUCAUUCUGGCCAAUGAAUUCACACAUGAAACAAGUCACAGAUUAUAUCCUCAACAAAGACACGCAGCAAAAUGAGCCAGGCAAAGUUAUCUUUAUGCAGUAGAUACUUAUAGGUACACGUUACUGUAAAAUUUGGUAGUAACAUCCCUUUAAGAAAACAUGGGAUUUCAUCAAUUUACCUUCUGUUGUGUUUUUAUGAGAUAUUUAAACGCUUAAAAAUAAAUGAACAAACUUUAGCAAUU